AUGAUUGAUACAAAACCGAUACUUUCACAAGGUUAUGGUUAUGGUUAUGCUCUUGGUCUAGGGACUGCCUUUGCUCUUAUCAUGAUGGCCCUUUCGAAAAUGAUGGCCAAAUUCAUGAAUGAAAAGCAGAACUCAGAACGCUUUUCAACUGCGUCAAGGUCAGUUGGGUCUGGUCUUAUUGCCUCUUCUACAGUUUCCGCAUGGACAUGGCCAGCGACCUUACUUACUUCUGGUGCCUGGGCGUACACUUAUGGUUUAGCUGGCCCAUUCAUGUACGGAAUAGGUGGCACAAUACAAAUCAUUCUAUUCGUUUUCCUAGCAAUUGAAAUCAAGCGCAAUUCUCCUGGGUGUCAUACAGUAGCCCAACUUAUAUACGUACGCUUUGGAAAAGCAGGCCAUAUUUGUUAUUUAUGUUAUUGUAUUGCAACCAAUGUUUUGGUAUCUUCUUUGUUAUUACUUGGCGGAAGUCAAGGAUUUGCACUUACGACAGGUAUGCACGUAACAGCUGCUUCUUUCUUAUUACCAACUGGGGUCUGUAUAUACACUUUCUUUGGAGGAUUGAAAGCAACUUUCAUAUCUGAUUGGAUCCAUACUGUCAUAAUCUACAUAAUAAUAUGUAUCUCCUGUUUUACGAUUUAUACAACUUCAACCCACAUAGGUUCUCCUGGAAAAAUGUGGGACCUUUUGCAGGAAGUUGAAAAGGUGUUUCCAUCAGCUUCCGAAGGAAAUUUUCUUAGUUUCAAGAGCCGUGACAUGAUUUUAACAUCCUGGUCGGUAAUGCUUGGAGGUUUGAGUUCAGUGUUUGGAGAUCCAGGAUACUCACAGCGUGCUAUUGCUAGUGACCCAAAGGGGUUAUUUUCAGGUUACGUGAUGGGUGGUGUAUGCUGGUUUGUUGUUCCGUGGGCUUUAGGAACUUCAGCAGGCUUGGCUUCAAGAGCAUUACUUACUAAUGCAAUUUCGGUGACUUAUCCUAGAGAGUUGACGAGUCUUGAAAUAAACGGAGGUAUGCCAGUAAUAUAUGGGUUGAAAGCCAUAUUUGGUCUGAAAGGAGCGGCUGCCGGCUUAUUAAUGUUGUUCAUGUCAGUAACGUCUGCAACUUCAGCUGAAUUAAUCGCCUUUUCAUCUAUAACAACGUAUGACGUUUUUCAAACCUAUAUAAAGCCAAAAGCAGGUGGAAAGCUUCUAGUCAAAUUCGCCCAUUGUUCAGUCAUAUUUUUUAGCUUGCUCAUGGCUGUCCUAUCAAUUGUAUUUAACUACAUCGGUGUAACUAGCGGCUGGUUGCUAGGCUUUAUUGGAAUAAUUUUGAGUCCUGAAGUUGCUGCCCUCGUUAUGGCAAUUUACUGGAAGAAAAUGUCAAGACAGAGCUUACUAUUUGGUGCACCUUUCGGAACUUUGACAGGGAUUUCAUGUUGGCUUGGCUCUAGUUAUCAUUUUGGAGGGAAAGUAAUUAACAAGAAUACCCUAAUGGCCCCUGAGGCGACUUUCAUUGGAAAUGCCACUGCGAUAGGUUCAACUAUACUUUAUAUUGUUAUUAUAACUUUGAUUAAACCAGAAAAUUUCGACUUUGAAAUAUUUUUGCGCUCUUUUAAGGCUGGAGACGAUGCAAGUGCUAGUGAUAGAAAGGCUAUGGAAAUCUCAGUACAAGACAAAAAGUUGUUAAGGAAGCAGUCAAUUUUGGUAAUCCUUCUAAACCUUCUAGUAAUUGGGGGCGCUUAUAUAAUUACGCCACUUUCCCUCUAUGCUACCGGGUUUACUUUCACGAAGAAGUAUUUCACUCAAUGGGUGAUUAUUAUGAUGAUUUGGCUAGUUUUUGCCAGUGGUUACAUUCUAGCAUUCCCGCUAUGGCAAGGAAGAUUCGCGUUACUCAAGAUUGUAAAGUCUCUCUUCAAGAAGAAUCAUGAGAGCUCUGAAGAAGGUAUUCUGAUAGAAGGACUUGUUACUUAUACCAAAGAUGAGGAAUAUGUGAUCGUCAAAGAAGUUCCAAUUCACUGA